CAUAUUUGGGACAUGCUGUCACUGGAUGUCAUUGAAAUGGCUCAAAGGGUGCAUAAGUUCACCCUUUGGAGCCUUGCGGCCCAAGACGGGCAGAAAACGCCAGAAAACUCAAACUGGCGGCGAGGCCCAGAUGCCAUCCAUACAAUGUAUUGGGAGUUUCAUCCUGUGGCAGCUAGCCCUGGCAGCCUGGGAUGCUGCCCAGCUCGAAGUGGGCCCUUUGGAUUUGCUGCAGCGGCAUUUGGAGAUCGAAACGCCUGAGAUGCGAAGACUGAAGGCUUCGCCCAUGUUUUGGCUGCACAUCCCCAAGUGCGGCACCAGUUUCUACAACACCCUGGUGCAUCUGCCCGGAAAUUGCCCUGGAUGGCCUGUGAACUUGAGUGUGGGCGAUGAAUUUUUCAGAAAAAACGAUCCAAAAUGCUUUGAAGUAGAAGCUCGAAGAAAGUGUCCUGAGUGGUGUGAUCAGAGACUUCUCCAUUGCGAUGGGCCGCUGACCGACACUCAUGAGCUGUUGGGGCUUGAAAAAUAUCAGACCUACAAGGGAAAAAUUGUGGCGAUUUUUCGGCAGCCGGAGCAACGCUUCCUGUCUUCGUGGUAUGAUGAUGUCGAUCUCUUUCGCGCCGAUCCCUCGACCUGGGUUUGUGGCACGAAUAUCACGCCGGGGUGGCUCAUGGAUAUGGACCAGUUCAAGGCCAGGUGGGGCGGCUCGGCCACCCAGCAGCUGGUGGGCAAGUUCAACGCCACGCAGGCCGAUGUCCCGAUGGCACUGGAGCGCUUGAGGGAAGGCUUGGCCUUCGUGGGUUUGCAAGAAGAGUGGUCACUUUCCAUCUGCCUGUUUCACGCGAAAUUCGGAGGACCCUGUCGCAAACUCGAAUUUCUGGACACCAGACCCGGAAAAAACGUUGCCAGCACAUACGACACAACGAUUUUGAAUGGCUGGGUGGAUGAAAUGGAUCGUCCUGUCUAUGCAGAGGCCAUCAACAUGUUCAAAGCGGAUUUGGAGAAAUUUGGCGUUUCACAUGAAAGCUGUACGGCUUGUUAUGAGGAAGCUGGCUUGGAUUUGACAUCUUAGGUGCAUUUAUGGUCAGCUUCCAAUGUUGGUCUUUUGGGGCCAGGUGUGGGCCAUGCCAAUGGCAUGGCAGAAACAUGGCAUUGAUAUUGCAGCAAAAGUGUGAAAUGCGUGACCACACGGAGGUUCUGAUUGAAUGUUGUAGCUAUGGAGUAUUUUUCCUGAUGAAUUCUAGCAAGCCGGCCGACAUUGUCAGAAAUGAUUGUUGAGGACAUGGUUUCCAUCUGGGGAACUGUUCCAAAAUUGUCUUAAUUUAGUUUCAUGCUAUUGAAAACUGAGCAACAGGAUGCGCAGAGGGUUCAAAAAAGUGUGGCCAAAAAGAUGCCAACCAUUCCAGAAUUACAAAGUGACAGAAUUGUCCUGUGCUGAUCCUGCACCCCAUGCAAGCCAGAGCUCCACAAUAGAUCAACUGAAAACAAAAGAAAUGUGUCGGGCACUUGCGCCCAAAGACCUUAACUAAGCAUGUAUGUCACAUAUGUCAACGAGGGAACUGGCCGGGACAGCAUUUUCCUUAUUUCCUGACUUAUUUCAGCCCGUGAGCUCCUGUCGCAGCAACUUAUGGUCCCAUUCUCAGGCUUUUCUGCUGAACUUAAAGG